AUGGCCCGAACCUCAUGUAUUGUCCCGGUUCCAAAACAAAAAAAAACGAUUGAUCAUCAACCAUGUGUCCAUCGGUCUGACUCGCUCUUUAUAGUCUCUCCUCUGCCACUACUCCUCCUACUCCUCCUAUUACUGCUGUUUGUUUCCCUCGUUGCGUCUCAUCCCACUAUAGAUCAUCGUGACCCUCUCUCCACGGCAUGCUCGCCAACCACAGCAGCAACACCCCUCGCUCCUAAUUGCAUUGAAUCGGACACCGACCACACCUUAUCGGCUUCGUCCGGAAUCCUUGCGAUAUCCGCCCUCGCAGUCUAUGAAAAUUCCACUCCCACGGACCCCCCGGCGAGCUCGACACUGGGACUCGCUGCCGAGUCACUUCAGCAGAUGACGCGCAAGGUCAAGGCGUCCAUUGCCGCCCUCACCACCCUCAUUCUCUACGUCUCCAUCAACAGUCUCGCCCGCACCGUCCGCCCCAACGCCUGGGUCUGGUACGAAGAAGACAAGGAAGAGCCAAGCUGGCUGGCCACCUCCGAGUCAUGGUUCGACCGCAAAGCAUGCCGCUGGCUCGGAGUCUGCGGCGCAACCCAUUUCCGCAUGGUCAACAAACACUACGGGCGUCGGGAUCCGACUCGUUGGUCUGAAUUGAGCGACGAGGAUCUGGCGAAGAAACCCUGGCGCGAGUUUUGGUCUGGCGGGGCCGAUAAGCAUAAUCAGUCUGAGUGGGAUGCCGAUGAGCAGGCAAGACGGGAGAUCCCCGACUACGUCUUUGAUUAUGCCCCACUUGUGCAUCUUUAUUCUGGUGAACAGUUUUGGCCGGGGGAUAUUGCGGAGCAUUUAUAUCAUACUACGCCUAUGUUGAAUUAUACUCCGAUUCAGGCGCAGUGGGAUCAUCCGACGUUGGAGGAUUUGAAUGGCUUGAAUCAGUGGGAGGGUGGGAGACAUGUGUUUUUGACUAGUGAUGAUGACCCCACUUCGCGCCCGCCGUGGCUUGAGGGGGAGCAGAAUAUUCCCCAGGUGCCGGGAAAUGAUGAUGGUAACGACGAUGGCAACGGCGAUGGCAACGACAAUGGCAGUACGCGCGGAUUGGAGGAGUCGUGGGCUGAUUGGGAUGGCCGGGUCGAUGGUGAAAUUUCACAUGAGACCGAUCAUGAGUGGGACGACUUGAGAAGAUAUACUGAAGAAGGACGCGAGCGCAUAGAACAGGAAGAACUGGCGCAUGAAUCCAAGGAAGCCAAACGCCGAUUCAGACAGGAAUUGAGGAAGCGAUACGGGGGUCAUCCUCCUGUCCAGGAACCUCUUCAAGGGAAUCGCAAUCAAGCCGCCGGAGGUCGCAGCGAGGCGCCCGCAGUUCUGCUAGUCAUGGACAAGGGCAAUGGAAUCGUGGACGCCUUUUGGUUCUACUUCUACAGCUUCAACCUGGGGAAUACCGUUGUCAACGUGCGAUUUGGAAAUCACGUUGGUGACUGGGAACAUUGUCUAGUGCGAUUCCACAAUGGCCAGCCGAAAGCACUCUUCUUCAGCGCGCAUACCGCCGGCGAGGCAUUCCGGUACGAAGCAGUUGAGAAAAUUGGACGACGACCCGUCAUCUACUCCGCCGAAGGAAGCCACGCAAUGUACGCCCACGCCGGCGUCCACGAAUACAUCCUACCCUGGGGCCUAUUACACGAUAUCACAGACCGAGGCCCACUCUGGGAUCCCCUGCUAAACGCCAAGGGUUAUACCUACGAUUACGACACCGACCACCUCCGCUCAUCAACAUUCACCCCCGACGCGCCAACCGAGUGGUUUUAUUUCCGGGGCCACUGGGGUGAUAAAUUUUAUCCGCUUGGAGACUCGAGGCAGUAUCGCUUUGCGGGUCAGUAUCAUUAUGUGAAUGGGCCUAUUGGACCGCGCUUUAAGCAUUUGAAUCGCCGGAAGGUGUGUCAGGGUCCUGAUCGGUCGACGUGUGUGAUUAGAGAUUAUAUUGGGGAGGAUGGGAGGGUUCCGAAGUGGGCGGAGGCUGGGGAUGAGGAGUGAUGAACCAGCCAUUCGUCUUGCUACGCGUACGCUUGGCAUCUACAACGUCGCCUAUUUCCACGCCUUGACAUGGUGCCAUUCUCAAACUUCAAAUUUGGAGGAUCUCGAUCAUUCUUUCCAACACCUGGGAAUUCUAUCGCGAAUCCCAUUCAGAGGGUCAGGUCCAUAGCGACAGACACCCUCGACAUAUACCCAGCAUUUUGUUUGUUUUGCGCUAUCUGCUUUUGAUCCGAUAUAUACCCUCAUACCCCUCUGGUUCUGCUUCUUUAUUCCUUUUUCGUUUUUCUGUUUGUUUUCAACCUUGUGUUCAUAACAAGGAACCCAGAGUAUAGACUUGCCCCCCGGCCUGGCGCCUGAUGAAAGCAUUUCCAUUCCUUUCCUUUACUACGAUAUGAGAGAUGACACUGACUCUGAACGUUACUGACUUGACUUGACCUGAAAUUGCUUUGAAUCCGGCGCUGGUGAUAUCCACAUUCCCUUUCCUGCUUACACAUUCAUUGAUUCAUUCAUUCAUUCAUUCAUUUACAAUACCCAGAUUUGGCGUUGGCUAUCGCUUUCGCUUUCGCUUUCGCUUUCCCUUGUCUUUUCCUCAUUUUCAUUUGCGUCCUUCGGUUUUCGGUUUUCGGUUUUCGGUUUUGUUGGAUCUGAUUUUGAACUCCGAGUUUGGCGUGAUUGUGAUUUUGAUUUGGAUGGCUCUUUUUGGGGGCUACGGAAAGUUCACCUGGUUGCAACUUAGAUUUUUUUCUUUUUUCCUUUUUGGGUUUAACACAGCUACAGAUUUACAGAUAAGAGAAAAGAAAAGAUGAUGGAAUACAAAUAUAUUCAAG